ACGCAACACAAUGUGAGUUGCAAAAAGGCCGACUCGGUUCAGUUUCAUCGUGUCUUUUCCAGACCGAUCGAAUGAAUCAAGAUGACAUGUCUUUAUGAUGUACCUCUCUUUCGAGCAGGGGUCCUGUCAAAGAGAAAAAGAAACAUCCGAAAGAAAUGGAAUUUUCAAUUUCAACAGUGCACAGUGCACCAACCGGAAUCACCAACCUAACCAUGUCCCCCUCACGGAAUGCGAGAAGGGACUUUUUACCUGCAGGUCAAAUCAAUGUGAUCGUUGAACGUUCAGUCCUGACUCUGUGAUUCCAUUUACCUCCAUUUCUCUCGAUUCGUGAGAUCUUCUCGCUUCCAGACCAAUCAGUCAUCGGCCGAAACAAUGGAGCCUUCCGAUCACUCUCCGACUGCCUCGCUUCUUGAGCCGCCCGUUCCCCCGCCCCCGCCCGCCUCUGCCUCCAAGAAACUAGCCCUCCUCCCCCUCGUCUUCCUCAUCUACUUCGAGGUCGCCGGCGGCCACGGCGAGGAAUCCGCCGUGGGAGCCGCCGGCCCGCUGUUCGCCAUCCUCGGCUUCAUUGCCUUCCCCUUCAUCUGGAGCGUCCCCGAGGCCCUCGUCACGGCGGAGCUCGCCACUGCCUUCCCCGGCAAUGGUGGCUACGUCAUCUGGGCCCACCAGGCAUUCGGGCCCUUCUGGGGCUCCCUGCUGGGCUCCUGGAAGUUCCUCUGCGGCGUCAUCAACCUGGCCUCCUACCCUGCCCUCUGCAUGGACUACCUCGAGCUGGUGUUCUCGGUUUUCGCCUCUGGCGUGCCCCGGUACGUCGCCAUCUUUUUGUUCACCUCGGUGCUGUCUUUUAUGAAUUACACUGGUUUAAGCAUUGUAGGCUAUACUGCAGUUGGUUUGGGUGUUGUAUCUCUCUCGCCUUUUGUUGCGUUGACAUUGUUGGCAAUUCCCAAGAUUGAUCCUAAAAGGUGGAUCAGUCUGGGUGAGGUGGGCGUGGCUAAGGAUUGGACACUUUUCUUCAACACCCUCUUUUGGAACUUGAAUUUCUGGGACAGUGCGAGUACUUUAGCCGGGGAAGUUGAGGACCCCCAGAGGACAUACCCUAAGGCACUCCUCUCUGCCGGGUUGCUUGCUUGCUUGGCUUAUCUGGUGCCUCUUUUGGCUGCAAUUGGGGCAAUCCCUCUGGAUCAAGAGGAUUGGGUUGAUGGGUACUUUGCUGAUGCCGGAGAGUUGAUCGCCGGCGAGUGGCUCAAGAUCUGGAUCGAAAUCGGUGCAGUUCUAUCGGUCGUGGGACUCUUCGAGGCACAGUUGAGUAGUUGCGCAUAUCAGCUUUUGGGAAUGGCGGACUUAGCAUUUUUGCCCCAGUCAUUCGGGUUGCGGUCCGCAUGGUUCAAUACCCCCUGGGUGGGGAUUUUAAUCUCCACAUUGAUAGCGCUGGCCGUUUCUUACCUGGACUUUGCGGACCUGAUCUAUACUGUGAAUUUCUUGUACAGUUUGGGGAUGUUGCUCGAGUUUGCGUCGUUUCUUUGGUUAUGGAAGAAAUUGCCCGCAAUCAAGAGGCCUUUCAAAGUGCCCAUGGCAAUGCCGGGACUGGUGAUCAUGUGCUUAAUUCCAUCUUGCUUUUUGGUUUAUGUGAUGUCUGUGGCUUCUAAGAUCGCAUAUAUAUUGAGUGCUGUAUUGACUGUCUUCGCGAUCUUUUGGUACUACUUCAUGAAGAUCUGCAGAUCAAGGGCAUGGCUUCGAUUCAAUGAUGCUCGUGAGAAGUUUGAUUAUGAAGAGUGACCAGAGCUCUAGCACAUAUGAAGGUUGAGAACUUGAGAGUGAGUUAUUCACGGAUACGUUGAGAUGGGUCAUUCUGGUGUUCUUAGAGUUGUAAGGUUUUGUUAGGUUUAAUUUCAAGCCCUGUAGUAGGAAAGGACGGUAUAACUAAAUCACCUUUUCCAGAGGACUAACAAUAGGACUGAGACUAAUGGAAAAUUUUCCUUCUCCGCAUAGUUUUGCAGAAGAUAACUUCAUCCAUGGAGAGUUAAUGGAAUCCAUUGUUCUAGGAAGUCCUGUCCGUAUGUACGAUGUAACCAAACCUGAAAACCUUUAAAGUGAAAAUGGACAAAAUUACAUGCUUUCUCCAGGAACAGGUAUCUGAAAAGGCGACACAGACAUCUUUCAACAUGGUCAUGGUGCGGUGCAUGUGAUCGCUGUAGAAAUCCGGGGAAAAAGUUUACUAAGGAAGAUGACAGCUAGUUAGGGACACAUAUGAUAUCGGCAUUGUUUCUCAAUCUGAGAUGCUGCAUAGCUAUUCGGGGGAGUUAGUGGUCUGGAACUUCUCAAGAACGGAACGAGUUUUGAUGAGACAAUCUUACGAGCGUGAAAAUGGAGAUCAUCUCCUGAAAUGGGAUGCGACGAUGGCCUAAUUGGUUUAGCCAUACUGCAGGCCAGUCAUGCUUCGUCCCUCUUGAGUUGUGCACUUCCUAGAGUAGAAUCUCGAAAUCCAAACAUCUAACCGGUUUACUUACACAGUGUCUGAGACAUUGUAACAGAACUUUCGUGGCAAAGUUGAUUUCAAAUUGUUCAUAUCAUGUUGGGUCCGAAUCCUUUGCGAUAAAAUGCUUUUCCUUUGGCA